CUUCUUUGUCUUCACAAUCUUUUUCAUCUUCACAAUCUUCUUUGUCUUUACAAUCUUUUUCAAAUUCAGUUCCAAUUCAUAAUCCCUUUAUCAAAGAAAAUCCUACACAAGAAGACACAAGUUCUUUGCGACAAAUACUCAAAUAUCCUCUGCGUCAACAUUCGCAACCAACUGAAGAAACAAAAACUAAUAAAGAGCAAGAAGGAUCCCAGCUACUGAAACAAAAAAGAAGAAAAACUAUGCCUUUUCUUACUUAUGAAGUCAAAAUGGUACAAAAACAAGAAGUGCAAAGAAAAAAAAAAGAGGAUACAGAGUAUGCACAGGCAGAAAAGCAACGUAUUAAGGACAUGAAACGGCUUGAAAAAGAGAAAAUUUGA